AGCCGCGCCCCCCUCAUGGCCGCCGACGUCUUCACGUGCUCGCCGCGCCGGCCGCACGGCCGGGGCCGCCCGGUGCUGCUCAAGCCCCAGGUGCCCGAGGACGAUGACGACUCGGACACGGAUGAGCCGUCCCCGCCGCCCGCCUCAGGGGCGGCCGCCGCGGCCCGGUCCCACGCGAGCGCCGCCCCGCCGCCGCCCCGGGCCGUCCCGGGCCGCGAGGAGCCUCCGCGCCGCCAGCAGAUCAUCCACAGCGGCCACUUCAUGGUGUCGUCGCCGCACCGCGAGCACCCGCCCAAGAAGGGCUACGACUUCGACACGGUCAACAAGCAGACGUGCCAGACCUACAGCUUCGGCAAGACCAGUUCCUGCCACCUGUCCAUCGACGCCUCGCUCACCAAGCUCUUCGAGUGCAUGACCCUGGCCUACAGUGGGAAGCUGGUGUCUCCAAAGUGGAAGAAUUUCAAAGGCCUGAAGCUCCAGUGGAGGGACAAGAUCCGGCUCAAUAACGCCAUCUGGCGGGCGUGGUACAUGCAGUAUUUGGAGAAGCGCAAGAAUCCCGUAUGCCACUUUGUUACUCCCCUUGACGGCUCUGUGGACGUGGACGAGCAUCGCCGGCCAGAGGCCAUCACCACGGAAGGGAAGUACUGGAAGAGCCGCAUUGAGAUUGUCAUCAGGGAGUAUCACAAGUGGAGAACCUACUUCAAGAAAAGGCUACAGCAGCACAAGGAUGAAGACCUGUCCAGCCUGGCGCAGGAUGAUGACUUGCUCUAUUGGCACAAACAUGGGGAUGGAUGGAAGACCCCAGUCCCCAUGGAGGAGGACCCGCUGCUGGACACUGACAUGCUCAUGUCUGAGUUCAGCGACACCCUCUUCUCCACACUGUCUUCACACCAGCCUGUGGCCUGGCCUAACCCACGGGAAAUAGCACAUCUGGGAAACGCAGACAUGAUCCAGCCGGGGCUGAUUCCUCUGCAGCCCAACCUGGACUUCAUGGACACGUUUGAGCCUUUUCAGGACCUCUUCUCCUCCAGCCGCUCCAUCUUUGGCUCCAUGCUGCCUGCCUCCACCCCUGCCCCUGCACCCGAUCCCAGCAGCCCCCCUGCUCAGGAGAGCAUCCUGCCAGCCACCGCUCUCCCCACCGUGAGCCUCACAGACAACUUCAUUGCCCCCGCUGCGACUGCCUCCCUGGACCCCUCAGAGCAGCAGAGCUGUGACCAUGGCCCCCGUACCGGGGACCCCUUCGUCCAGCCCACAGACUUUGGCCCCACUGAGCCCGCACUGAGUGUGCCCCAGCCCUUUCUGCCCGUCUUUACCAUGCCCUUACUCUCUCCCAGCCCUGCCCCUACACCUGCUUCACCCACGUUACCACUGGUUCCGGUUCCCGCCACUGCCCUGAGCCCUCCAGCCUCCUCUGCCUUCCUGCAGGCACAGAAGUUUGGAGUCAGUAAACCCCCCUCUGUCAUCACCCACACAGCCUCUGCCACCCUCACUCAUGACGCUUUUGCCACCACCUUCAGCCACAGCCAGGGCCUGGUGAUCACCGCCUGUCCCCCCACCCCCUCGGUCUCCUCCUGUGGCCUGGCCCUGUCUCCUGUCAUCCAGCCACCAAUGGUUGGACCCCCCCAACCCCGUUUAACUUUUGUGCCCCCCAAACCUGUAUCCUUGACUGGGGGGAGGCCCAAGCAGCCUCCCAAAAUAGUGCCUGCUCCCAAACCAGAGCCUGUGUCGUUGGUGUUGAAGAAUGCUUGCAUCACCCCAGCUGCCUUUCCAGGACAACCACAAGCAGUGAUUAUGACAUCAGGCCCUCUGAAGAGAGAAGGGAUGUUGGCUUCCACCAUGUCCCAGUCAAACGUGGUCAUCGCACCCGCUGCCAUUGCCAGGGCUCCUGGAGUCACGGAGUUCCACAGCAGCAUCUUAGUGGCAGACCUCGGCCAUAGCCCAGGCAGCCAGCCUCCUGUCUCCCGCCUCUUCUCCCCGGGCACCGUGCCAGACACCCUGGUGAAGGGCGAGCAGGGCCUGGUGCAUGGGGGCGGCCCCCAGCUCCCCACUGCAGGUCCCAGUCGUGACUGCCCCAGUUCUGGGCAGGCCUCUCCAUGUGCGUCUGAGCAGAGCCCCAGUCCUCAGUCUCCCCAGAACAACUGCUCAGGGAAAUCUCCUGCAGACCCCAAGAAUGUGGCUGUGUUAAAGCAGAACCGGCAGAUGAAGCACAUUUCAGCCGAGCAGAAGAGGCGCUUCAACAUCAAGAUCGGCUUUGACACCCUGAAUAGUCUGAUUUCUAAUAAUUCCAAACUGACCAGCCACGCCAUCACCCUGCAGAAGACGGUGGAGUACAUCACCAAGCUACAGCAGGAAAGGAGCCAGCUGCAGGAGGAGGCCCGGCGGCUGCGGGAGGAGAUUGAGGCCCUGAAUGCUACCAUCAUCUCCUGCCAGCAGCUGCUCCCUGCCACCGGUGUCCCUGUCACCCGGCGCCAGUUUGAUCACAUGAAAGACAUGUUUGACGAAUAUGUGAAGAGCCGAACCCUGCAGAAUUGGAAGUUCUGGAUUUUCAGUAUCAUCAUCAAGCCACUGUUUGAGUCAUUCAAGGGGAUGGUGUCCACCAGCAGUCUGGAGGAGCUCCACCGGACAGCGCUGUCCUGGCUCGACCAGCGCUGCUCCUUGCCCAUCCUCAGGCCAAUGGUGCUGAACACUCUCCGCCACCUGAGUACCACAACCUCCGUUCUGACAGACCCAGCCCAGCUGCCCAAGCAGGCCUCUGAGGCUGUCACCAGAAUUGGCAAGAGAACAGGCGAGUCUUAGCGCUUAGCUGGCAUGCGGCUGCAUGAGACGCCAUGGAGACUCUUGCCUGUGGAGGGGAGGCCGCGCCCCCAGCUGUUCCUGACGCAGAGCUUCAGGACCCCUCCCACACUGACGGUCCCCCGGGCCAUCCCAAAUACCACGCUCAGGUCUGCAGCAGGUUUGGGUCCUGCCAACAGCAAUAGCCCAGAUCUGGGGGCCCUUUGCUGUGAACUCUCUCACUCAGCGACCUCAGUCACCAGUCCCUCUGCCCUCAGGGAGCCCGGACAAAGGGACACACCUGCUCUCUCUGUCCUGUCCUGCCGGUGGUUUGCCAGGGGGAGGCCCCUGCAGUUGUGAAUGGAGUAUCUGGAUGGGAGAAGACAGCCUGCUCUUCAGGUUAGGUGACUCUGAGGCACCUCCCAGCUCCAUCUGAGCUGCAGUUCUCCCCUCCUGCUCAGUGGUUCACGUUCCUGUCCUGUCCUCCUGAUGAGCUGUCACAGGCUGAACCUCGUAAGUAAAUCUGGACUUGAGUUCAGGCUCAGGCACAGUGGGCUGAGACCACGAAUGCACGUGGGUGGAACGGAAGUGUGAGCAACACGGCUGUGCUCUGGCCUGGACACUUGAGUGGUGUACUUGUUUACCAGAGUCUGGUUCCUUUGACACUGAACGUGCAUAGCCUUGCUGACUUGGGAACCACGGGCAGGAUUCCACCCAGGGCCCUCUCAGGGUCACCUCACGCAUGGCCCUACUGCCCAGGUUCUCCACCACCCCUGAGUGGUGCUGAAUGGAAGCUCCCACCCUCAAGCUGUAGCCUCUGAAGUCUGGGCUCCACCUCGCUGCCCUCGGCCUGACCACUCUCUGCCAUCACUCAGCUGGAACCACAAACCAUAGCAGUUUCUGGACCAAAGAUGUCAUCAAGCCCAAAGUCAGCCUUGCCUUUUGUUUUGAUGAAGAAAUUGAACGUGGACUGGCAGCACUCUGAGGGGUUAACCCUUGCAUCGUACCUGGGGUCACAGGUCAGACUGUCAAGCGUUAGCGUCAAGUUUGCUCAAAGUAGGGAAUUGCAGAGGAUUGUGGGCCAUUCUGGAGUGUGUGUUGCAAUCAGAAGGGAGGAAAGGAUGGAUGGAGGAGCUGCAGGAGGCCCAGUCCUAGCCGUCCUCCCCCUCUGAAUGGCAGGACGCCCGCUGUGAAGCUCAGGAAGCCCAACAUGGCACCUCCUCUCUGGAGACUGAUUUAACCUCCUGCUGGGGCAUCCAGAGCAGCAGUAGGCAUUGCCAUUGUCGGUGGCACAGGAAUCUAGGGUGGCUUUGAGGAGCCUGGAGCCACGGGACAAGGGGGCGCUGUGGGAGCUUCCUAAAGUUCAGUAGUGUUCACAGUUCCCUCUGGUUCCCAGAGGCUUCUGCUCAGAGGGUCACAGCUGCUCGCUUUGUCUGGGGUCGUGGGAGACAGAGAAGGGUUUUCUCUGUCCACCAUCAGUCAGGCACUGUCUCUCCCGCUCCCUUGUCUGUGGUUCAGCCCUGCACAAGAGAGAUCAGUGUGGAGCUCCCACCUCAGCCUCCCAGAGACUGUGUCUUCAGGCUUUUAGAACCUUCCUGAGAGUUCUAGAACCUUCCUGAGGGCUGAGCCCCAGACAGUGGACUGGUCCUCAACAGUUCUCUGGGAAAUGGUAACAGAACUCUCCUUCUACCCCAGGAGGAACCAUGAGGUCACUCUUCAAAAGGUGAAGACCUUGGUAAGAAUUCCUUGAAGGUCAAAAGGGAAAAAAAAACACAACAAGCAUAUAUCUGUGAGGGCCUCGAGGGGGCUGUCAGCUCAGCCCCUCCCCCAACUCCUGUGCCUUCUUGGUGAAACAUGCAGACCACCGACUAACUGGCCAGUAUGGGGGCCAAGCCAAGGACUCUCCUACGUCAAUAGCUUUCUCCUCACCACUUGCUGGGGAAUAAUUUUCUUUUUUUAAAACUCUGUGGGAUAUAAAAUUGGCCUUUUGCUUCUUUGGCCUACCUCUCCCUUUUGCUGAAUUAACGUCUGUGAUUCCAUGUUCCGUCAGAUAUUUCAGUCUAUUAGGUUGUGUGAGACUUGAGUGUGUGUGUCCCAGCAGACUGCUAAGGAGAUGCCUGCUUUUAUUUGGUAGAAAUCUGCUUCAGUUCUUUUCUCUUGGUGCUCCCGAUGGCCACCGUGGCUGUCAGGCCACAAAGCUGUGCCUCUUGCUGCAAAGCUGAUUGUUUCUUGGCCCCGCAGUUAACUUGUCUGAGGACUCCAGUCAGAGAGGCUGGGCCUUGAUUUUCACCCUGGGCGGAAGCCACUCUGGUUUGUUUACACUCAUUUUCACCCCCAUUCUGGCCACUACAUCCAUAGAGAAAAGUUUAAAUACCAACAGUUUGGAAAAAAGAAAAUCAAUCUGAAAAGAAAAAAAACAAGCCUCUGAGGCACAGAAAUCUCUGGAAGGGUGUUUCUGUGCAAUCUUUCUGUGCCAUCAGAGCUCUCUGCAUGCUGCGGCUUUUUCAUAAUGAGUGGGAAGUGCAAGGACAGAAAGCUGGCACCACACGGGCUUUCUGAAGGCUGGCUGGUCCCUCCGUCACAGACUGUUUACAGAACUGGGGUGCCUGCCUGAGGAUGCUUAGCAGGCACAAGGGAAGCAGGCCCAGCACUGGGUCUUGUGGAGGAGAAAGGGGGCGUCCCCCACAGUUCCUAGUGCGGUUGGGUUCCCACCCCGGCAGGAGGACCAGAGAGGGGCAAGGAUGUCAUCUGCCGCCCCACUGUGCACUCAUGAGCUUGUGCUCCAGAUUUCCUCAUUACCUGUCCUGUGACCUGGUCCAUACCUCCCUUUCUAGAGGUCGGUCCUCAGGCUUUUUCUGCUCUAGCUGGUAGAAAUGUAAAUGUGGAUUCUUAGAGUACAUGGCUCCCCAAACCCGAGGGAGGUGCUGAGGACCUUCAUCCUGCCCUAGGUGAGGGGUGUGGUGGUACAUGGCACUGGCUGGCGCUACCCUUGCUUGAUUCUGCCUACCCCCUGCACCCCCACCCCAGAUCUGGCUAUGGAGAACUCGCCCAGCUCUGCCUGUCACUGUGUGGUGCAGCUGGCUUCCCCCUCAGCUGCCUGGGCCCAGUUAUGGGUGUCCAAGGAGAGGUUGGAGGGUGCCCCUUCUUUGAAGGCCCUGGCUUUCUACCUGGAAGAAAUCCUGAGGCUAGCACCAUAAGUGGCAGGCUUCUUGUUGAUAAUUUAGAGACUGCAAGCUGAAAAAGACUGUGUGUUUUCAGCACCCAUCAGAAGUGGAGCUGGGUCUGCCCCAUGGGUCUUUCCGUCCCGCGGCCGCUGUUUCCCUUGGUGUGGGUGCUGAGCCCUCAUCCCUGCCCUGACUGGCCUUGCCCGGUUUGAAGAGUCACCUCUCACCACCCUCCCCACCCUCAGAAGUCCUUUUCUCUUGCGGUUGUCACCCAGCUCCCAGUGGCCUUUGCCUGUGUGCCGGGGCUCCCCUGCCUGUGGUUCCUGACAAACCUGUGUGUGAGCUGGACUGCUCGGUUUUUCUGUGGUGGGGAAAAUUGCCUUUCCCUAGAGAUACCUGCUUCCCAUCGCAUUCUUUGCCAUAGGUGAAACCCACCCACCACAUGGUGGAACUUCCCUUUCCGGGACAUGGUCUCUUUUGGGAAGAAGCUGGGAGGUGUGUGUGAGCCCUUGAGACGUGGUAUUGGCGGGAGCCCUUGGUGCCUCCUGGUGUUAAAGAGCUUGGGUCUGAGGAGAGGGGACAGAGAGGCUGGGGCUUGAAGUCAUGAAGCUCAGCUGCUUACGUGUACUAUGCAGUAGACACCGUGAUCUGUCGGGCAGGCUUCUGUAAUCCACGCCCCUGGAAGCCCUGGGAAGUGGGGCAGAGGCUCCAGGAAUGUGGAAGAAGCGUCCAGGCCUCCCAUGGGCCUCUGCCGGGGCUGGCCUGGGAGAGGGCGGACAGACAGGUCGGCUACUGGCUUUUCAUUCUGAGGAUGUGACAGGCUCGGUUUACCAAAUGAGGGACUGCUUCCUUGUUGGAGCUUGUGAAAACCAACCUUUGAAAAGGAAAAGGGAAACUGGGAUGUUGAAUGUUGGAUUGUGUGUGUGUGUGUGUGCGCGCGCGCGCGCACUUACACAUGCCUGCAUGUGUGUGUUUACUUCAUGGAAUUUUAUGUUUGUAAAAUUCCUUUCCAAUUAUGUAGCAAAACGCAACUCCAGCUCCCAGUCAAAGCUCUGGUACCACAGCCUUAGCCCUGAGCGGUGAUGACGGGAAGAAUUCUCUUCUGGGUUUCUUCAGAGAGACCUGGUGGUUUCAGGAGAUGGUGGAGGGCUGGGAGAAUCGGAAGUUUUCUACAUUUCCACAGAGUUUACAUCCUGCAAUUAAAAAGGUAUGAAGGGCUCAGCCCUGGGAUGCUUGGUUCCCAGGCUGUUUCCCACGGUGGGCAGAAGUACAGCUCUCCUCCCCACGCCCAUGUUGUUUCUGUAGCCGGACCUUUGUCACCCAGCUGUGAAAGGAAAGUGUAUUAAUCUGCUUGUUUUGUAGCACCACCGCUGGAACACUGUGCUCUUUGCCUUUUUCAGGUUUCAGUUUAUUGUUUAAAUGGUUCAUUUUUUCUGUCAUGAGUUUUGGUGACUGUUUCAGGGUUCCUUUGAGGAAACAGUUACACCUUGCACUCCGAAAAACAAAAAAUCACCCAGAGAAGAGCCUUGUCUGGUCAGGGGCCCCCUCUGGCGUGUGUCACCCUGAGCGUCACCCUCUGAUACUCUGCUGUUGAGAAGCACGUUUCCACCAGCUGUGUUCAACACUACAAUGCAUUUUUUAAAAAUGUUUGCAUCCAGGACAAUAAAAACCUUAUUUUUUUGAAA